CGUCGCGGGGGCCAUGUCCUCGCUGCUGUCCCUCCAGGAGGAGAACCGCAUCCUGCAGCAGGAGCUGUCGCGCGUGGAGGACCUGCUGGCCCAGAGCCGAGCCGAGCGCGAUGAGUUGGCCAUCAAGUACAACGCCAUCAGCGAGCGGCUGGAGCAAACCCUGCGGCUGGAGACGGGCGAGCGGGAGGCGGCGGAGAGCCGGAGCCUGGCCCAGCACAACAUCGAGCUGCGGCGGCUGCUGGAGGAGGAACAAGCGGCCUACAAGCGCAAGCUUCAGGCCUACCAGGAGGGUCAGCAGCGGCAAGCCCAGCUGGUGCAGAAGCUCCAAGCCAAGGUGUUGCAGUAUAAGAAGAAAUGCGGCGAAGUGGAGCAGCAGCUGCUGGAGAAGGCAACGGAGCUGGAGCAGGAGAGGUUGACGAGCCAGCUGGAUGCCAGCAGCUCGCAGCCAGAGGAGGAGAGCAGCAACGAGCUGGAGAACGCCCUGAUCCGGCUGGAAGAGGAGCAGCAGAGGAGCAGCAGCCUGGUGCAGGUGAACUCCAUGCUGCGGGAGCAGCUGGAACAAGCCAACGUGGCCAACGCGGCGCUGAGCGAGGACAUCCGCAAGCUGACGGCCGACUGGGCACGGGCACGGGACGAGCUGGAGCAGCGGGAGGCGGAGUGGAGGCGCGAGGAGGAGUCCUUCAACACCUACUUCAGCAACGAGCACAGCCGGCUCCUGACCCUCUGGAGGCAGGUGGUGGCCUUCAGGAGGCACUUUGGGGAGAUGAAAUCCACCACCGAGAGGGAUCUCUCGGAGCUACGGCACGAGGUGUCGCGGGCGGGCAGGGCUGCCCAUGCUGCCUGCCUUCACCUGGUGGCCAACCUACGGGUGGCCGAGAGCCAGGCAGGCGCAGCACGGGAGAAGCAGGCCAUGAGGCUGGCACAGCUGGAGCAGCAGCUGGCAGCACAGGAACGGGACGCCGAGCUGGAGAAGGCCGCCUUAAACGCCAGGCUGGCAGAGCAGGCGGCGGCCCUGGAGCUGCUGCGGGCUGAGGACGGGGAGAAGGAGCGGGCGGUGGAGACGCUGACCCUGCAGCUGCGGAACCUGGAGGCCCGUGGGCAGGUGGAGGCCGGGCGGGAGGUGGCGGGGGGGCUGCGGCGGGAGCUGGGGGACAGCGAGCGGCGGCUGGGGACGCUGGAGCGGCGGCUGGAGCAGCUCGGGGCUGAGGCUGGGGGCUGCCGGAGGGCGCAGGAGGAGGCGCAGAGGGAGGUGGCCCGGCUGCGAGCGGAGAGCGAGGUCCUGCGCAGGGAGCGGCAGCGGGCGGAGGAGGCCCUGGCGGAGGAGCAGCAGCGGGUGGGUGCCCUGCAGCAGGAGCGGGCGCAGCUGCAGCGCCGGGGCCAGGGGCUGGAGGACGCCCGGGACGAGGCCACCCGCGUCGCCCAGGACACCCGCCAGAAUUCCGAGGCCCGUGGGCAGGUGGAGGCCGGGCGGGAGGUGGCGGGGGGGCUGCGGCGGGAGCUGGGGGACAGCGAGCGGCGGCUGGGGACGCUGGAGCGGCGGCUGGAGCAGCUGGGGGCUGAGGCUGGGGGCUGCCGGAGGGCGCAGGAGGAGGCGCAGAGGGAGGUGGCCCGGCUGCGAGCGGAGAGCGAGGUCCUGCGCAGGGAGCGGCAGCGGGCGGAGGAGGCCCUGGCGGAGGAGCAGCAGCGGGUGGGUGCCCUGCAGCAGGAGCGGGCGCAGCUGCAGCGCCGGGGCCAGGGGCUGGAGGACGCCCGGGACGAGGCCACCCGCGUCGCCCAGGACACCCGCCAGCAGCUGGAGCAGAGGGCCGUGCCCCGGCAGGCGGUGCAGGAGCAGAGCGCGGCGGGGGAGGCGCUGGCGCAGGCGCGGGGGGAGCAGGAGCGGCUGCGGGACGAGCUGCUGCGGCUCAGCCGGGCCCGAGAGGGACUGGCCAAGGAGGGGGCCACCUUGGCCGUCCAACUGGCGGCCGCCCAGCGCCACGGCCAGGAUCAGGCCCAGGAGGCAGCCGGGCUCAGGUCGGAGAAGGAGGGCUUGGAGAGCAACAUCUUCCAGCUGCAGCAGCAACUGGCCCAGCUGGAGACCCGCAACCAGCAGCUGGAGGCCGAGGGACGGAGCCUGCUCCAAUCUAAGGAGGCGCUGGAGGCGGAGCUGAGCUCAGCGCGGCAGGAGCGGGAGCAGGAGCUGCAGGCCCGGCGGCAGGCGGAGGAGCUGGAGGCCGAGCGGGGCCGGCUGGCUCAGGAGCAGGAGGAGCUGGUGGCCGAGCUGGCGGCAACGCGGCGGCAGCGCGAGAGCGAGAAGCAGCAGGCUCUGGCGCUGCAGGAGGAGGAGAGGGCGGCGCUGGGGGAGACGCUGCGGUUUUUAGGGGGCGAGGAGCUGGAGGCCGAGCGGGGCCGGCUGGCUCAGGAGCAGGAGGAGCUGGUGGCCGAGCUGGCGGCAACGCGGCGGCAGCGCGAGAGCGAGAAGCAGCAGGCUCUGGCGCUGCAGGAGGAGGAGAGGGCGGCGCUGGGGGAGACGCUGCGGGGGCUGCAGCAGAGCCUGGCUGAGGCCACGGCCGAGCUGGAGCAGCAGCGACGAGAGGUCACUGGCCACCAGGAGAAGGAGCAGGCGGAGGAGAUGCGGGCGCAGCUGCGGCUGGUGGCGGAGGCGCGGGCGGCGGGACGGCGGGAGCUGCUGGAGGCCCAGCGGGAGGCCCGGGAGAGCCGGGAAGGCCGGGAAGCGCAGCGGCGGGAGGCGCAGGAGGCACGUCGGGCCUUGGGAGACGAGGCCAGGGAGAAGGAAGCCCUGCGGCGCUCCAACGAGGAGCUGCGGGCGGCCCUGCGGCGCGCUGAGGGAGAGCGCAUCAGCCUGAAGCGUGCCAGCGAGGAGAAGGAGCA